UGGAAUGUUUUUCCAUCUUUACAAAAUUUACAACGUGAUGCAGAACAGGUUAGCAAGAAAACCAACCUACCAUCUGAUCUGAGAACGAUCGCUGCCAACAAAGGAUUCUUUGUUUCUGAUAACCAAGCAUCCGGGAACUGUUUAUUCCAUGCAUUAUCAGAACAAUUACAAAGUGUCAAAGGAAUUCAAAUCUCACACAAAGAGCUAAGAAAAACCUUGGUUCAGUUCCUCGAUGAGAACCCUAAUCUGGUAAGUUGAUGACUAGCCUAACUAACGGGCCUUCCAUGUCUUCCCAUAUGAUAAUCGUUUAAUAAUAAUAAUAUUAAAUUAAUCAGUAAUAAUCAUAAUCAAUUUUAUAAUCAUUUCCCUUCACCCAGUUUGACGAUUCUUUGGUAAACUAAAUUGGAUAAAAGCCGGGAUUGAACAUAACAAAAAAGAACUUAAGUAUUAUGGGAUCAAGACUAGGCUCUCUCGAUCUUCUUUGAAAUCACCCACCUCUUCAUAUUUAGUCUGAAAUACUUAAGUUUUGAAAGCGAAACUUGGAGGGUAAUAACAACAAAAAACAACCACUUUAGGUCACUUGUCUUGGUGGCAUCACACAAAUUAUACAUCAUGACUUGAAAUAGUCGCCUUCUGUCGCCACCUAAGGUUACAGGUGGCCUUAACAGUAGCCUGAGUAUCAGGCGUUUCUGGGGAAAAGGGGAAAAAUGGAAGCGAAAAAGGAAGAGAGGUGAAGGAAAGAAACGCCUGACACAGAUGCUUUUACUGGAGCCUUCCACCCUCACACAGCAUGAUUCGAUACCAUCCAAUCAAAAUCACUUCCGGUCAUUGGGUUGUCAGCUUCACGUGUCAAAGAGCUCGCCUAAAAUAAAUCUCACUUAACGGUCGAGCCGAGCUCCGGUGCUUGUGUUUCUACGAUUUCGCUUUUUUCUGAAACCUCCAAUGAGGAGUUUUCGAAUACUUGUAAUGUAAAACCUGCCGUUUAUGAGGAAUUAUAACAGGGUUUAGGGAACGCGUCCAAAUAUCGGUAGGGAACCCGAUCAUGGGAAACGGACCCGAUUAAUUUUCCGAUUGAUCGGAAUCGGUACCGAUCUAUAGGCACCAGUUGCCGUUUCCGAUUACGAUAAAAACUUUGCCGAUUCAAUCGGAGCCGGUUGACAUUCCGAUGUUCAUAUGUGUCAUCGUCAUAUUAUUUUAUCUGAUAUGUAAAAUGAAGCGUGUCACGAAACCAAAUAAUGAAAGAGUCGUUUCACUUCAAAGUAAUUUCAAUCGACUGUACCUUUUUCCUACUCCAUAACAAAUAGCAAUAUUGUAUGUUUCUGCAUGUUGUGUUUCGAGUUUGUUGAUUUGAUGCGUGCCUAUACACGUGAUUUUCGGCGUUUUGCAGAGGUAUUUCCUUCAGUCGAUCGCAAACACCACGCUGCUCCAUAACAUUUAUUCUAUGAAAAUUAAAAGGAGUUAAAUAUUACGACGCAAAACACCACUGUUCUUCGUUGAUAUAUAGCAAACAAAACACCAUACUGAGUAGUGUGUUCUUUACUCGAUACUAAUUUCUAACAAUGCAAUCCAAAAACACAACCGGAACUCACUUUCUCGAAACACAGCUGGAUUCAUAGACUUGUUACAAGUAGACCUCAACGGGUUUCCUAGCGAGCGGAGCGAGAGCAAAACCAUGGAUAAUGUAAAACCACGGGAUAAACUUUUACGAAAAUUUGCGUCUUUCAUUCAACGAUCCUAAACGCAAGGUGUAAUGCGAUCUGAGGCAAAAAAUACCGACUAAUUAGAUUGGGGCCUCAGAUUGUCUCCAGGGAAUUGGCAACAGGAACUGAAAGAUUCCCACACUCGCGAGUCACGGAAGACACGAAACGGAGUUUCAUACAGGAGCUACCAAAGAGAGAAUGGCUUAGCGACUUUGCUGUAUGUUCUGUGAGCUUGAGCAUGGUGCCACGUAAAAUUGCUUUCCACUUUCAGCACUUAGAAAAAAUUGCGCUUGACUCUAGGUGGCUGACUGUUUGACAAAAAUCAGAACCUAUUUUACCGGAGUGUUCAACUAAAGUAAACUGGCAUACAUCCGGUAAGUUCGACUCAAUUUAAUAGCGGAAAGACAAUCGAGAAAGAGAAAACCAGUUGAACGCCUCCAUCAGUCACUUUUUUGAGUUCAUAUGCAACCAAUAAACAACUUGCAGCUUGAUUCUCAGACGAUGUCCUCUUCUCUCCUGUGGCAAUUUAGCAGUUAAAGUACACAACAUGGUAACAACAUUUGCAUUUUGGUCGUGGAUGUUCUGACUUCUAUUUUUUUCGUUUACAGUCCUAAACUGUUUAUUCCUCCAAAGAUUCCUAUAAUCAUGCGUUUUGGCUUCCGGUUAGCAAAGGCUCAAGCUAUUUUAAAAUUAUCAUUUUUUAAAAUUAUCACAUCGCACACUUGCAAUGUACAUUGCGCCGUCUUUCACUCAAAAGAUGCCUGUUGUUUCUUCUCGUGCCCAUUUUGAUACACAAAUUUAAUAUUUUCUGUUCAUACUCUGUCAUAGGAAAUACAAACAAAUGUUCGAAACCGUGACGUUAAAUUUCGGUUCAAACAAGACACAUUUAUAAGAAAGAUAAGGCUAUAAAAAACAACAUUCACACUUUUGCUUUUGUGACGGGUUAUUUGAGCUGCCAGAUAUUUUUGAUGACCUUUGUUAAUUGGCCCGAUAAAGACUUGAGACCCGUUGCCGAUUCCCUUUCAUUCGGUGCAGAUAAAAUCGGGUCCGACCUUCAACGGAAUCAGAAAAAAUCGGUGCCCAAUUGAUCGGCAUCGGUAUGACCCGAUGCCGAUAUUUGGACGCGUUCCCUUAGGAAUUGUGCUAGUGUAAGAUCGCCAACGCUCUGUUUGUAAACAAACGUGUGCCCGGAAAAUUGUAAAUUGCUUUUGUUUACAGAGUUAAAUCAGGCGCUUGUCUGGCAGCUAAAAAGCUGGUGUUAUCCCUCGUAUUCUCGGGUGGUUGAAAGGAGCUGUAAGAAUAUAUAGGAAGUUCGAUAGUGACACACCUAUGCCUAGAAAUUAUCAAGCGGCAGCAGAUUCCACCACUUCACAGAGAGCUCGUGAAAGCUGUUACAAGUUCAAAACAAGUGAGAGCCUACAGCAAAGGUCAAUCCCGUUGGCGAAAUAUGAUGGCGCCCGCUUGAGCUUAAGACAUUUCAAAAGUGAGAAGAUUUUGGAAGAGGAAGCGAACGAAUUCCAAUCACGUACGUUAUCGUAACCGCAACAAGCAAAGUCAAGCUUUUUAAAAGCAUUGGUGCUGUCGGCUAUCCCCGCGGCUAUCUCAUACAUGGCUACCUCGCUCUAUUUUCAUUUACAGUAACAAUACCCUUUUAACGGCAGGAUGUUGUAAAUCUGAACUUAGAUAUCUGAAACAGUGAUAUCGUCUUCUUUGUCCCGGUCUUGUGAAACCAAUACUUGGACAUAGUUUCGGCCGAAGAUGGUAUGAGGCUUUUCCUUACUUCGAGUACAUGUUUCCUUUAAACUACGAGGCCUUGAAAACACAAUUCUUGCUCGGGUUUUAUUUUUAUUCCAGAAAAGAACUUGAGAGCGCCCUCUAGAGCCUUUUUGAAUUCCUCUCUGCGUCUCUGUCUGUAAAGGCAUCACAUACCGGUAACAUGAAAUCAAAACAUCUAUGAAAAAUUUCAAUGACCGUCUCCUUGCCGAUCGCUCUUGCGGUCGGUGACGUCAGGGGGUAUUGUGUGUUAUCCAAUCACUGCCACAUCCAGAUUUUGGAUGUGUCACACGAUUUGCUGAAUGGUUUCGUGUCAGGCCUUCCUUUCUCUUCUCCCCCUCCCCCCUCCCCCAUCUAAAAUCUCCUCUCCCCUAGCCCCAUAGGAAGGCCUGAUACUCAGGCUACCUUAACAGUAAGUUAACAGUAUCAUUUCCCUCCUAAAACCACUUCCAAAAUUUGGAGAGAAUCAAAAUAAUUCAUUUACAGGGCUGCCUCAAGGCGGGCCCAGUUUAUAAAAUACCUUUCAUUUUCUCCCCAGGGGGUAUUUUUAGGAAGUUGUAGUGGGGGUGUGCUGUCCAACUCUCCAAAUCUUGGCACUAUUUUAGAGCAAUAGUUGUAAGGGAAUACCCCCCAGGAUUUUCUACGUCGAAAAAUGUAGACUAUCAAUUAUUAACUUAGUAAUAGCAAAGCACAUUAAGUGAAGGCAGCCACAUCCUCGGAGACCCAGGGGCAGCUAGUCAGGACAAUAGAAUGUCCGUGGUGAAAGUUUACUAUAAGAUCGAGAGGAGCCCCUGGGCACUUACUCUUACUGAACCAAAUCCAGAAGCAUUUAAACUGCCUGCUUCUGAUUGGCAAGAAAAAAACGUCCUGGCCAAUCAGCGAAGAGGAGCAUCCGGGUGGCUGUAGUGUUUUCAUACAUGUGUAGGUUUCCUCAUUGAUCACCACUGUUGUGUAGUGCAUUAAACUGGGAAAGUUUCUGGAGGGAAGUUCCAGUAAAAAGCUGUUAACAAAGCUGGAAAAGUUUCAGAAGUUGUGCAAACUUAACAAACAUGGAGAUCUAAAAUGUAAGCUUGGAGUUGUAUACCAGGCAAUGUCUGCAAAGGUGUGGAAAGUGAAAGUCAUGCAUCGUGUAUCAGCAAUAAAAAUUUAUCGUACCUUUGACAGAUCCACCUUAAAAAUUCAUCGGAGAUUGUUGUUUCUUGUAGCCGUACUAAAGCUUGCAAUUUUUCCAGCUUCUCAAACAUAAUAUUUUUGUUGUGAAGCUUUCCUCAAUAAACUUUCCCCUUUGAGCACCGUACCCAACUAUGGUGAUUGAUGAGGGAAACUACAUCAUGUAACAAAACACCAGAGACACCCAGCUGCUCUUCUUCACUGAUUGGCCAGAAAAAUUUUUUCCUGUCCAGUCAGGAGCAGGCAAUUCAAAUGCUUCUGGAACUGGUUUGGUAAGAGUAAGUGCCCAGGGGUCUUCUCGAUCUUAUAUAGUAAAUUUUCACCACAAACAUUCUAGCCUGCAUAGCAAGUAUUUCUGCGUGAGUUCGCCGAGAAAGUUGGGACGAGAGCAAAAAAAGAAAUGACAGGGGAGGGGGAGGGGAGAGAAGGAAAUGCUUCUCAGCAAACCCCAGGAUUUUGAAAAACAGCAUUCUCCCACGAACGCAGCUUCUGAUUGGUGCGGUGCUCUUAGUCUUGAUUAAAUAGCAAUCAAUACAUCAAUCAAACCAUGUACGUUAAAGCAACGAAGAGAGAUGAAAGUGCCACCGAAACUGUCACAGACUUAGAGGCGCUUGAAUUUUAAUUUCCUUUGUUAGUUUUAAGAACGAGAAUUGAGAAACGUACUGCUUAGUAAUGUUAUACUCUCAUGCCAUAUUUUGGGGGGCAGAGGGAUUGAGGGAGGGGUGCUAAUCCGUUCCUGCUUAGAGUGGCUAACUUGCUUAUUUUUAUUGUUAAUGGUCUAUAUGGCCGCAACACUGAAAAAAUGGUACUCAUUUUUCUUGUUACAAAAGUCUACCAAAAGGGUACAGUGUUCAAAUGAGUUUAUGUUUCACUCGCAUAUGAGAUUCUAUGUCACGCAAUGGUCAGUGACAAGGUUUUAUGGUAGCCUGAGUGUGUGCCCCCCCGCCCCCCCCUCCCUAGAAAAGGUCACUCCUUGGCAGCCCAGUUAAAAAUUGCCUUUUGGCGAUUCUUGUUUUAUUUGAAAUUCGCCUCCCAGCAAACCCUUGUGCCUUCAAGAAAUUAGCAAUUAAUGAAUGAGGCUGAGUAUUAUAUGAAGAAUAAAGCAGAUCGAGGAGGGUUUUAUCCACCGAGGCUGAAGGCUGAGAUCACCCUCCGAGUUGUCUUCUUGCUGUUUUUGCCAUGUUUUUAGCUAUUAUUUCGUCUAGUUCCAGCUGUAGUUCUUACUCUUGAAACGAGUGAAAUGUCUGCCUUUUUUUCACAACCAAAACAACUCAACCUCAUCCCCAGGUCUUGUCAGUUAACGGUGCAUUAACCUGCAGCGGGCAGCAUUUUUGACAUCAUUUCCUCGUUAAACACAAAAUUCUUCCAAAUUUGGUCAUCAGUAACUGGUUAUAGUGAAUUAUGCGUGUGCUUUUAGCCAAUCAGGAUUGGGAAAAUAUUUUGAAUAAAUAAUACCGGUAAGUGGUUUUAAAGGCUACCCUAGCCAACCACUCACUUUUAAAUAAACUUUCUAGCAGAUUAAAAUCACUUUACAUGUAUGCCGCCUAGUCAGAAAUGAAAUUCACUAGCUUCCUUGGUUUUGUUUUUAGCACGAAGGAACAUCUUUGUUUAACUUUGUCUCUGGAUACCCAUCUUGGCGUGAAUACUUACAAAGCAUGGCAAAAGACGGUACUUGGGGUGAUCAUGUGGUUUUGUUUGCUGCAGCAAAUCACUUUCAAACUUCCAUCCGUAUUAUCAGCAGUCUCGACCAUGAGAUAGUUGUCCAGCCAGAUCAUGCACUUGCCAAUACCAACCCCCUUGUGUUGGGACACAUUCACGAGUUACACUAUGUCAGCCUUCAGCCCAGACAAGGU